ACAACAAAGCAAUAGCACAUGAGAAUAGGAAAGACGCCUUGUGUGAAAAGCCAAGGUCGACCAAAGCAUGCAGAGCGGCAUGCUAGAUAGCCACCAGUCAAGUCCAUCGCCACCAUGCAUGUUGGGACUUGGGAGAGGGAGAGUCUGAGAGAGCAACACUUAUAAGUAGGGGACGACGACGACUAGGUACUCGAUCACUAGCAGCGCCACCAGUCGCCACUCCAGCGCGCGCCAUUGCCAAGUUGAAGCUCGUCGCGUACGUGGUCUUCUCAUUUGCCCCUCACUUAACUUACUUGACUAGCUUGCAAUGUCGGGGCAUGCACGCCAAGCUUCGUUCGCCCUACUCCGCGCCUUCCUCGUCAUCGUCUCCUUCCGAGCUGGAGCAGGUGUUUCGUCGACGAGAACAUUGACCAUGACGAACCACUGCGGGCACACGGUGUGGCCAGGCAUCCUGUCGAGCGCGGGCUCGCCGGCGCUGGAAACCACCGGCUUCGCCCUAGAGCCGGGCCAGUCACGGUCGCUACCGGCGCCGCGCGGGUGGUCGGGGCGCCUGUGGGGCCGCACGCACUGCUCCGCCGACGCGGCGGGGAGGUUCGCCUGCGCGACGGGCAACUGCGGGUCCGGCCGGCUGGACUGCGCGGGCCACGGCGCCAAGCCGCCGGCGACCCUGGCCGAGUUCACCUUCGACGGCCACGAAGGCCUGGACUUCUACGACGUGAGCCUGGUGGACGGGUACAACCUGCCGAUGCUGGUGGAGCCGCACGCGCCGAACGGCGGCGGCGGCGCCAACUGCCUGCUGACGGGGUGCGUGAUGGACCUGAACGCCGCGUGCCCCGCCGAGCUGCGCGUCGGCGACGGUGGCGCCGGCGCCGGCGGCGCGGUGGCGUGCAGGAGCGCCUGCGAGGCGUUCGGGACCGCGGAGCACUGCUGCCACGGGGAGCACGGCAACCCCGACGCGUGCUGGCCCACGGCCUACUCGCAGUUCUUCAAGAAGUCGUGCCCCCGCGCCUACAGCUACGCGUACGACGACGCCACCUCCACCUUCACCUGCGCCGGCGGUGGCACGUCGUACGCCAUCACCUUCUGCCCGAGCGCGACAAGUGUCAAAUCGGUGGGAACAGAUCCAGAAGCACGAGCGGCCGUCGGUGGCGGGCGAGUGCCGGCGGCGGCGGCGUGGCGCACCAUGCCGUCGGUCCUUGUCCUCCUCGGCCUCGCCAUGACGGCGCUUUCGCAUGUCUUUUAAGCAAGUAUCAUCAGCCGAGUGGGCAGCAACGACAGUGGACAGUGGUUGCGUGCUUUUACCUUCUACACCAGUACGUGACCGGCACGUCGUACUCGUACUUCACAUUGGUUUUGGCUGUUGACAGAUCAUGCUUCAUGGUCGCUUAUCUUUGUGAUUUAGUAGUAGCACACAGAUAUAUACCGUUGGAAUCCACAAGCAGUAGUUUGGUUGUGAUGCCAGAACGAGAUGCAAUAGGACGAUCAUUUAAAUAAGAUUGUUUAAUUUAUAGUUAAAUGUUGAAAUAUGACUAUUCCAGUGUUGUC